GAGGAAUUUUCGCGAAGCUCGUUGUCUCUCGGUGCGGAAGCCCAAGCCCAACACAUCGGAAAUCGUUAUUGCGCGCGCCUGAGAAACGUAAAUCUGGUGGAGGAAGGCAGAGAAUGGUUUCGUCGAAUCCAGAUAUACUUCUGAGACUCUAUAAGCUUCAGUCGUGCCCCAGGCGCUUGGGCUCAGAGACAAGAGAGACGGGGCAGCUCGUAGUGUAAAGGAUGUUUUCGCGAGACUGGAAAAAGAGGUGUGGGGACAUCGGCGAAAGGGCCGAGGGGGCGUAGAGAAGGCGGCGCGAGCGUCGCAUGCAUGUGUUUUCCGAUGUAUGUGCUCGUCCCGGUUCGCCGGAAAAGACGGAUAGAAGGCGGAUUUUCUGUGCAAAAGUCCCCACAAAAAGGCGCAAAAAAUGUGUCUUCUGUGUGUUUGAGGCCUCGCCGGAGCUCUGCGCCUUCUCUGCCCUUCCUCCCCAUGUAACGCGCGACAACCGCUGCCUGUCCGUCUCCCUCUCCGUCAGCAGACUGCCCUCAAGUUCUCGCGCUCUCCCACCGGCGCCGGCAUCCAGUUCACAUUCUUCUUGCCCGCGAAGCCAGCCUCUUCCUGGCCUUCUUCUUUUUCUGAAAUCCUCAGAGGGAGAACCACAGAAAGCCAAAAUGAGCAAGCUUAUGAAGGGCGGGUUGGAAGGCGAGGAGCAGCGCCUCCAUCGCAUUCGCAUCACUUUGACGUCGAAGGAUCUGAAAUCGAUUGAACGAGUGUGCACCGAGCUCAUCAACGGCGCCAAGGAGAAGAACCUGCAAGUCGCAGGCCCCGUGCGUCUCCCGGUCAAGACCCUCCGCAUCACCACCAGAAAAUCCCCUUGCGGAGAAGGUACCAACACCUGGGACCGCUUCGAGUUGCGCAUUUACAAGCGCCUGAUCGACUUGCACUCGCCGAGCGAUGUGGUGAAGCAGAUUACCUCCAUCAACAUCGACCCCGGUGUAGAGGUUGAGGUGACCAUCAUCGACAUGUAAACGAGGCGUGGAAAGAAGGCCGCAGAAAUCGUUCCGAGAGGCACGAGGCGGAGAAGACCAAGGCCGCAGCUGUCCUGCAGAGACGCAAAUUUCUGUGGCUCUGAUUUUUCUCCAGAAGACCACAAGCCAGGCUAUAGAAGCGCUGGGACAGGAACUCAGAGACCCGUGUCUGAUCUUCCGCUGACGUGGUGGAGAGAAAACUGUGUUUCCGUUUCGUACAGAGGAGUACAGGAAGUUGCCUUCGCUUGUUCUGCCUUGCAGUCUUUUUCUUGUCCUUUACAAGAACUGCGUCAACCAUUCAUCCAAGAGCGCAUGCCCUGCACUCGCCGUUUGCUCGCCUGCCUCGAAAAGAGGGACACUGUGCCCGCUUUCGCGACUGCGUGCGCCGGCGACGCUCUCGCGGAACUUUCUACUACUCCCAGGACUUGCGGAGUGACAGCCGACACGGAGGCUCUGAUGCAGUUGAUCAUUAGGCCAUGAAAUAUGAGCUGCCUUUUGCG